UUAAAUCACGAUUAGUGAUAUUAAUUACCUAAAAAUCAUUACAUUAAAAUAUAUAAAACUGGAUAGUUAGCAUUUCUAUCUAAAUAUAUAUUUCUAUCCCUAAAUAUAAUAAUGUAAUAAUACGUGGUAAAUUUAUUCCAAUUUGGUAGACUAAUAGUACGUAGUACUAUAUAUAUGGACUAAUUUGUUACUCAUUUCCUACCUACACUCACUCAUUGUCGUUGGAAAGUGGAAACGAUUAACUAGCUAGCUAAUAUGGAUUCUACAUUUUUGGCCACAGAAAGGUAUGCUGUUGUGAGUGGCGGGAACAAGGGGAUUGGGUAUGAAAUAUGCAAGCAAUUAAGUUCAAAAGGGGUAAAAGUUGUGUUAACUGCCAGAGAUGAGAAAAGAGGUGUUGAAGCUGUUGAGAAAUUACUGAAAGAGUCUAACCUUUCUCAUCAACAUGUCGUAUUCCAUCAACUUGAUGUCGUUGAUCCUGCUAGUAUUGCUUCUCUUGCAGAUUUCAUCAAAAUCCACUUUGGGAAGCUUGAUAUUCUAAUAAAUAAUGCAGGGAUUGGCGGAGUUAUGCUAGAUGCUGAUGCUUUUUCCAGAGAAUUUGAGCUUUCCGGUUGUAAAUGGCCCCAAAAAAAUUGGAAUGAAAUAAUUAUGGGAGAAAGCUACGAAAAGGCUGAAGAAUGCUUGAAAACGAACUACUAUGGUACAAAGGCAAUGGUUGAAGCACUUGCUCCACUUCUUCAACUGUCUGACUCACCCAGAGUCGUUAACAUUUCUUCUUUCCUUGGACAAUUGGAGAAUAUACCGAAUAAAUGGGCGAAACAAGUGUUAGGCGAUGAAGAAAAUAAUCUAACGGAAGAAGGGAUCGAAGAGGUUAUACGAGAGUUUCUUAAAGAUUUCAAAGAAGGUAUGUUAGAAGCAAAAGAUUGGCCAGUACAACUCUCGGCUUACAAAGUAUCGAAAGCUUCAAUGAACGCGUACACGAGGAUCUCGCCCAACAAGUACCCAAACAUUUGUAUUAACAGUGUUCACCCUGGCUAUGUCAAGACCGAUAUAACUUGCAACACUGGUGAAGUGAGUGUUACCAAAGGAGCUUUAGGCCCAUUGAGAUUGGCACUCUUACCAAAUCAUCAUUCUACUUCUGGCCAUUUCUUUUUCGAGGAACAACUCUUACCUUCUACUUUCUAAAUAUUAUAAUAAUUAACACUACACCACCCUAUGUUUAUUUAUGGGCCAUUUUCAAUAUAUAUUUAUAAGUUGUUAUUGCUUUUGGAGAAUAAAAACUACACACGCUUUAUUAUAAGUGUGAUCAUGAUGAACUUUAUUUUGUGUAAUAUUGUAAUGAAUUUCCAAUUUGUCAAGUUAUUAUGAAUGAUGAUA